GCGCCCUAAGUUCAUAACCGCUCAAAUAAGCUUCAAGCCCUAUUUCCACCCACCACGUUAAGAGAGUGAAAAGGUUAUAAAUGAUAGAGAAAAUAUUAAAAAAAAUACCUAAAGUAAAAUCAACCAUUUAUUCAAGAAACUCGACUAUCCUCUUCCUGUAGUCUCGAUCAAUAAUCGAAAUCAACUAGCUACAUUGCACUGCCGCAUAAACAAUGGAUCUGCUGGGCUGGAUGAACUUUUUAAACCUUGCGAAACAUGCUUUGGGAAAUCAUGCUAACCAAAUACGUCACUAAAAUUAUCAAAUAGAACUUAUCUAAUUACAAAUAAAUGGAUCGUGGGAGAAGGCUGGACAAAUUCCUUGGUAUGCUGAACAAUAAGAUGUAUAUGGACCUCAGCCAAAUCAUAAGGGAACAUGCCCUUCCUUUCCUACCUGCAAAAUCACUUUUCAGGUUUCUCUGUGUGUGUAGAGACUGGAAACUUCAGAUAUCGACUCCAUUCUUUGCCCAUAAUCAGUCAAUUUGUUGUGGUUCGACCUUCGGUUUCUUUAGCCAAGUACCUGGAGAACUACCAUCAUUCAUCUCCGACGACCCAAUAGCUUGUGGUGUACCUGAUCCCUCUUUGAGAUUUUUGCCUGAACCAAUUGACAUUUUGUCUUCAUCCAAUGGGCUGCUUUGCUGCCAAUCUAAAACUGGGAAUAAAGCCUACUACAUUUGCAAUCCUGUUACCCAGCAGUGGAAGAAACUCCCAGAACCAAAUGCUGAUCAUGGGUUACAUCCUUCAGUCGUGCUCAUAUUUGAACCAUCCCUGCUCAACUUUGAGGUCGAUUACAAGCUUGUUUGUGCCUUUCCAUCUGCUGACUUUGACGAUGCCACUGAAUUUGAGAUAUACUCCUCCAAAGAAGGAUCCUGGAAAGUUUCCGGAGAGAUUUGUUUUACUUCAUAUUCCGUGGAAACAAAAUCAGGGGUUCAUGUGAAUGGGGUUGUUUACUGGAAAUCAAGGGGUCUUCUAGCUUAUGAUCUGACGAAAGAUAGAUCACAAAUGCUCCGAAGCUAUCAUUCAGAAAAUGGUGUUUUAGGAAUGAUGAAUGGAAAGCUUUGUUCAGCUCAUGCUAUUGGGCACUCGAUAAUGGUUCAAGUAUUGGCUAAUACCCACAGUAAUACUAUGCAAAUGGGCACCCGUGCCAGGAUGUGGGAAGAGAGAGACAGGGUAGUUCUUGACAAGAAAGUGAUUGGUGGGCUUGUAUCUGAACUGAAUGUGGUUGCUGCUGCUGGUAACAAGCUGUUGGUUCAGCAGCCCGGAAAUCUAUAUGUUUAUGACUUGCUCACAAAAGAAACUAAAGCACUGGGCAUGACAUCUACAGGUCGUGACACGAGAUACAUACCUUAUGUAAAUAGCCUUGUGUACCUUUAAUCUACUCUUGUUGCAACGUUCAAGUACUUCCUGAGUGAAGACACCUUUUAGCCUUGAAGAUAUCGACCUGCAGCAUUCAUAGCUCAAAUUUAUCAUCCCAAAUGAAUGCCCUAGGUUUAAUAUUGCUAUAUCGUAGUUUCUGAUUCAAAUAUGGAUUAAUGCUUUAUGUGGUUUUUUUCCUUUUCUUUUUCUUUUCUGUGUGUCUGGAACGAACUUACCUCGGGAAAGCAAAAUGCUGUUCUGAAUUUGGGCUUGGGUACUAAUUUGUAGAAAAUUUGAUCCAUUAAAGAUGCUUGUCCUCGUUCAUCUGCCUUUUA